UUCCUUGGACAGUUCGAGGACGAGAACGAACGCGAGCCAUUUUAUUAUCUUCUUCCUUGGGAUAUAUACGAGACAGGAAGAAACAACGAUCCCUUCCGUCAUCAUGAAGUUCUUCGUCCUAUGUUCGUUCAUCGCAUUGGCCGUGGCUCAGCCAGCGAAAAAUGAACUCUGGAAGGGUACCAAUUUGGACCAGAUGGUCGAUCAAACCAAGAAUGAAUGUGCACAGAAAAACGACGAGGUAUCCUGCAUGAAGUUCAAGGUUCUCAACCUUCUAGAUCAACUCUUCCGCAAGGAUAACUUCAAGGUAUCCGAGUCUGUGGAGGUAACUCGUAACUCGUAUCCCGUCGAAGAAGUAUCUGCUCGCGGCGAAGGAUCCUUCCUCGACAACGUCCAAUCCUAUUUAACUACUCACGACGUAACCUUCAAGCUACCCCUUGACUCGACCGUUAAAGUUAGCUCGCGAAACAUCGAAGAUGACAGGAUUACUUUCGACGUCCAGUUCGGUCAGGGUCGUGCUGCCGAAGAAGCUCGCAAAUCGAAGCUGAAGAAAGUUGUCAUCCCGAUUCUCGUGUUCGUCCUAUUGAAGGCCAUGACUCUCAUCCCUCUCGCCAUCGGAGUUCUCGGACUUAAAGCGUGGAACGCUCUUCAACUCUCGUUCUUCAGUUUCAUCGUCUCCGUCGGCAUGGCGAUCUUCCAACUUUGCAAAAAGAUCGCAGCCGAAGGUCACGCAGCACCGAUCUCCGCGCACGGUCCUUGGGAAUAUCAGACGCAAUACAGAUCUUUCCAGGAUCAAGAACAGGACGCUACCUCGCAAUUUGCUCAAAAUCUCGCCUAUUCGGGAUACGCACAAUCGUAAAAGAAAUUAUAAGAAAAAAAUCUGACAUCUCGACUUUUGUAAAAUAGCUACCUUCCUAUUUCUAUGUUUUAUUUAUAAAUAAAUUAUUAUUAUUAUCGCAAUUCA